UCUGCUCUGCCUGCCUGCGAGAGAGAGAGAGUGAGAGAGAGAGAGAGAGAGAGAGAGUGAGUGAGUUAGUCCCCGAGCGGAGUAAUAUUGUUAGUGUUUACAGUGUGCUCAGCGCUCACGCUUUCUUGGUACACAAGAGUGAACAGUUGAAUAUUACCGCGCAGCCGCUCGCGUCCCAUCUUUUUUCCAGCCUCGUCCUGCCGCGAGUCUUCAGGGAGAAGCUGGUGGAAGAAGAGGUCGAGACUGAUCUUCUGCAGUUGCACCUGAGAGUCCAUUUCCCAACAGAUCGAGUACUCUAUCGUCGAUGUUCACUCCCCCUUCUGUCCUGUGCUGAAUUCUGAUAGAAAGAAUGGAAUGUCAGUCGUGUCAAAGCUACUGACUAAGGCAAGAGAGCCCAGCCGCACAGUGCUUUUGGAUGCUGAGGUCAGAGAACAAGCGAGAAGGCUAAACUCCCAGCGUCGUAACUGAAGACGGCUUCAAACGAGCGAGUCCUUGGAGAAGGCCUUUGAGUCAUGAUGCAAGAGGCGGGGCCAGAGGCGCCGAGCAACGGGACGACAAAUCAGAACGGGGUGGCAGCCGGUGCAGAGGGCGGGGCUAGAGACGUGCGGUCAAAAAGUGCCACACCUUCCUCUGACAUCACGGCCGCUGACCUUGUGAACUUUCAGCAGCAGCAGGCUCUACAAGUUGCAAGACAGAUCCUUCUACAGCAGCAGCAGCAGCAGCAGCAGCAGAGUGGAUCCAUCAAAUCUCUGAAAAGCAACGAGAAGCAGGCCGCACUACAGGUGCCUGUGUCAGUGGCUAUGAUGACACCGCAGGUGAUAACUCCUCAGCAGAUGCAGCAGAUUCUCCAGCAACAAGUCCUGAGCCCUCAACAGCUCCAGCUCCUACUGCAGCAGCAACAGGCCCUCAUGUUACAGCAGCAGCAACUCCAGGACUUCUAUAAGAAGCAGCAGGAACAGCUCCAUCUCCAACUCCUCCAGCAACAACAUGGCAGCAAACAGCAGAGCAAAGAGGUGUCGGCUCAGCAGUUGGCCUUCCAGCAGCAGCUCCUCCAGGUUCAGCAGCUGCAGCAGCAGCACCUGCUCAGCCUGCAGAGACAAGGCUUGCUGUCCAUCCAGCCCAACCAGAACCUGCCUCUGCACUCUCUCACUCAGGGCAUGAUUCCAGCCGAGCUGCAGCAGCUGUGGAAGGAGGUGACGGGCGUUCCCGUGAAGGAGGAGAACAGCGCCAGCAACAACGGCCACCGUGGCCUGGACCUGACCUCCGCCUCACCCGCGCCUCCCAAAAACCCCCUCCUCAACCAGCACCCCACGACCAACGGCCAGUACAGCAGCCACACGCUCAAGAGAGAGAGUUCAGCGUUGGAUGAGCACUCGCACCACAGUCACCCUCUCUACGGACACGGCGUGUGUAAAUGGCCAGGAUGUGAAGCCGUGUUUGAGGACUUCCAGUCUUUCCUCAAACAUCUGAAUAACGAGCAUGCGCUGGACGACAGGAGUACAGCCCAGUGCCGGGUACAGAUGCAAGUAGUUCAGCAGCUGGAACUGCAGUUAGCGAAAGACAAAGAACGUCUGCAAGCUAUGAUGACUCACCUACAUGUCAAGUCCACGGAGCCCAAACCCACCCCACAGCCACUCAACCUGGUUUCCAAGUCCGCGCCUGAGGCCUCGCCGCCCCUCAGCCUGCCCCAGACGCCCACCACACCCACGGCCCCUCUCACGCCCCUCUCCCAGGCCCACUCGGUCAUCACACCCACCAGCUUACACACUGUGGGGCCCAUCCGCAGACGUUACUCUGACAAGUACAACAUGCCCAUAUCCCCAGAUAUUGUUCAAAACAAGGAGUUCUACAUGAAUGCAGAUGUACGUCCUCCGUUCACAUAUGCAUCGUUAAUACGGCAGGCAAUACUCGAGUCACCGGAAAAACAGCUAACACUAAACGAGAUAUACAACUGGUUCACGCGAAUGUUUGCAUAUUUCAGGCGGAAUGCAGCUACGUGGAAGAACGCAGUCCGGCAUAACCUUAGUCUUCACAAGUGUUUUGUGCGAGUAGAAAACGUUAAAGGGGCGGUAUGGACCGUCGACGAGCUAGAAUUCCAAAAGAGAAGGCCUCAAAAGAUCAGCGGAAGUCCAGCUCUAGUGAAAAAUAUUCAGACCAAUCUGGGAUAUGGUCCUGCCCUCUCAGCUGCCUUCCAGGCUUCAAUGGCAGAAAACAACAUACCUCUAUACACUACUGCUUCCAUCGGAAGCCCCACUCUUAACUCGCUUGCCAACGCUAUCCGAGAGGAGAUGAAUGGGGCCAUGGACCACGGCAACAGCAACGGUAGUGACAGCAGUCCCGGACGCUCCCCCCUGCCAGCUAUGCAUCACAUUAGCGUUAAAGAAGAACCACUGGACCCAGAAGAGCAUGAAGGCCCUCUGUCCCUGGUGACGACAGCCAAUCACAGUCCAGACUUCGACCACCACAGAGAUUACGAGGACGACCACGGGAACGAGGACAUGCUGUAAGGCCUCUUUCCCUCGGGUCUUCCCCGGAGGGGCCAAACUUAAACUGAAAUCAUCAUCAAGACCACUCCAGGCCUAGCAAGCCCAAGGCUGGAUUCCCAGUCCUUUUUGUUGACAGCUAUAAAAUAGUUCUGAUUUACUCUUAGUGCCAUUAAACAUGAGAUAAACAUGAUAUGAGAAAAAAAAAGAAUCUAUUCCACUUGGGAGUAUUUUUGAUUUGUUUCUACUUUUUGGGUUUAAAGACAAGACCAAGUGCAUAAUUUCUACUCGCGUUCGAUAAGGAGCCAUUUGGUACUUGGGGACUACAUCUUCACAUUGCCUGGCCUGGUGAGACCAGAGUGGACACACAUGUGAAAGCGUUCGCAGAGAAAGACUGCCUGACUGCCCUCUGAGUCUGCGUAACACUGAUUACAAAACUACAGAGGAGCACACACUCAGAUUAUUAGCCCCCAAAUGGACGUCCUUCACCCAGAGCGUGUGCGCAAAGGUGUAUGUGAAUUUAGUUAAAUGUCACUGCCUUCAAGUCAUCUUAGGUUUGCUUCCGUCACCACUGGGAGAUAUUCAGUAAGUCUGGUGGUUUGAGGGCAAAUAAUAAAAACUUUGUGUCCCCUCUGUUGUUCUAUGCUGUUAUUUGCUAUAUUAUUAUUAUUAUUUUUUUUUGUUUCCUGAAACUGAUCAGACCUCAUGCCCAUUGUUGUGGAGAUUCUGUACGAUCAGCACUUGAUAAUGAAUGUGUAUAGUUUCUUUCCGUGGUGUUUAAUUCCAAUUUUCCUUUCCAUUUUUUUUUCAAAAAGAGGAACAGAAUGUCACAUUUUACCAUGUAGUAUUUUUCUGUCAUUUAUUCCUCAUUUCAGAUCGCCACCUCACUGUCUCAGACGUACACAUACACAUACAGACAGACACAAGCAGUUGAAGUCCAUCUGCAAAUGCACUACUCGUAAUGAAGGCUCUCUUUCCACGCAUCAAUGAAGUUUAAUUUUCACAAGGGAAUGAAUGACAGAGAAAUCAACGCAGGUUACGACUUAUCAUUAUAAAAUUAUACUUUCAAAAAUCCUCCCUUUUGUGGCAGCGUGUUAGCUGCAACCGAAUCGCUGAUCAAAAACGCUGGUGUGAAGGGGGGAAAAAAAUUAAAUGUCAGAAUAGAGGAGGAAGCAGCAGCCAAGAGAUAAUAGUUAGACAAAAACUAAUUGUGAUUCCCAAACGAAACUGUCAGCAUAGAUUAAACUUUCAUUUCUUUACUUUUUUUUCCAUUCUGUAAUUUAUGGACUGUCUGGCAAUGCUAGAAGACUUUAAAGUGCAUUCCCUGUUGUUUUAAUGUCUCGUUUCCCCACAUCACUAAGCAGCCCACUCCCUAUGUUAUUAGCAGUUAUUAUUAAUUACACAUGGGAUAUAAAGGUUAAAGGGAUUACAAGCCAAGGCUGGCAUUAGAGGCCUUGACCACUGAGCAUUACAGCAAAGGGGGCAGCCCACUCUAACCACAUGCAUCUAGCCGCAUUACCUUGGAAGUCAGUACGAAGUUGGUUCCACACUCACAUUAGACAUUAGUCAAACCCAAAAAGAACCGGGGGGGGGGGAGGACUGCAAUAAGCAGCGGCUCUGAUUCCCAACUGCCUGCAGUUUCAAAGUU